AUGGCAUGGGAGUGGCAUGGGUAUGGUAUGGGAGUGGAAUGGGUAUGGCAUGAAAUGGGUAUGGGUACAGGUAUGGGAAGGGUUUGGAAUGGGUAUGACAUUUCUAUGGGUAUGGCAUGGGUACGGGUAUGGGUAUGGAAUGGGUAUGGCAUGGGUUUGGGUAUGGCAUGGGAAUGUCAUGGGGAUGGCAUGCAUAUGACAUGGGUAUGGGUACGAUAUGGAUAUUGGAAUGGGUUGGGGUAUGGAUAUGGAUACGGGAAGGGUAAUGAUAUUGGCAUGGGUACGGGUAUGGGUACGGAUCAAAUCUAA